CUCUGGGCGAAGCGCGGAUAUAAGUAGCUGGUGGCUCUGCCACCCCACCCUGCCCGGAUCGCGACGGUUUUCAGGGUUCUGGAAUCAGCAGGGUUCCUCUGAGGCCUUGGCGAGUGGCUGAUCUGCUCCGUUUUUGCAAAAGGCGCCUGUGUCUGGCAGAGCCGGUGUGAGAAGAAGAGAGAAUCCUUCCCCGCCGCCGGGAUAAUCAAGAGUUUUGGCCGGACCUUUGAGUACACAUCGGGAUAGUGAGAAGCCCGGCGAAAAGCACAGACUAUGGCGCUGAAACGGAUUAAUAAGGAACUUAGUGAUUUGGCCCGUGACCCUCCAGCACAAUGUUCUGCAGGUCCAGUUGGAGAUGACAUGUUUCAUUGGCAAGCCACAAUUAUGGGACCUAAUGACAGCCCAUAUCAAGGUGGUGUAUUCUUUUUGACAAUUCAUUUUCCUACAGACUACCCCUUCAAACCACCUAAGGUUGCAUUUACAACAAGAAUUUAUCAUCCAAAUAUUAACAGUAAUGGCAGCAUUUGUCUUGAUAUUCUAAGAUCACAGUGGUCUCCUGCUUUAACUAUUUCUAAAGUUCUUUUAUCCAUUUGUUCACUGCUAUGUGAUCCAAACCCAGAUGACCCCCUAGUGCCAGAGAUUGCACGGAUCUAUAAAACAGACAGAGACAAGUACAACAGAAUAUCUCGGGAAUGGACUCAGAAGUAUGCCAUGUGAUGCUACCUUAAAGUCAGAAUAACCUGCAUUAUAGCUGGAAUAAACUUUAAAUUACUGUUCCUUUUUUGAUUUUCUUAUCCGGCUGCUCCCCUAUCAGACCUCAUCUUUUUUAAUUUUAUUUUUUGUUUCCCUCCCUCCAUUCAUUCACAUGCUCAUCUGAGAAGACCUAAGUUCUUCCAGCUUUGGACAAUAACUGCUUUUAGAAACUGUAAAGUAGUUACAAGAGAACAGUUGCCCAAGAUUCAGAAAUUUUUUUAAAACUGGAGCAUGUGUAUUAUGUGGCCAAUGUCUUCACUCUAACUUGGUUAUGAGACUAAACCAAUCCUCACUGCUCUAACAUGCUGAAGAAGCCAUCUGAGGGGGAGGGGGAUGGAUGCUGAGCUGUCACAUCAAAGGAAACAGCAUUAUUCCAGCAGCAUCCAUUCUUGUCUAAACCUUCCACUGUUAGAGAUUUGAGGUUACAUGAUAUACUUUAUGCUCAUAACUGAUGUGGCUGGAGAAUUGGUAUUGAAUUAUAGCAUCAGCAGAACAGAAAAUGUGAUGUAUUUUAUGCAUGUCAAUAAAGGAAUGACCUGUUCUUGUUCUACAGAGAAUGGAAAUUGGAAGUCAAACACCCUUUGUAUUCCAAAAUAGGGUCUCAAAACAUUUUGUAAUUUUCAUUUAAAUUGUUAGGCUUGGAGCUAUUAGUUAAUCUAUCUUCCAAUACUGUUUAAUAUAGCACUGAAUAAAUGAUGCGAGUUGUCAAUGGAUGAGUGAUCAACUAAUAGCUCUCCUAGUAAUUGAUUUAUUUUUCUUCAAUAAAGUUGCAUAAACC